AGCCCUAGACCAGGGUCGCCGGUGCUUUCAGGCAGGGUCGUCUGCCGAGCUCAGGCACCGACCGGCGGGCCAUGGCGAGGUGGCGGCCGGCGACGCUGCUUGUCGCGGCGCUGGCGCUGGCGGCGGCGUGCGCGGGGUGGCGCGCGGAGGCGCUGUCGGUGACGGUCACCGACACCGAGUGCAUCCACGAGUUCGUGCCCUACGAGGGCGACUCCGUCACGGGGAACUUCGUCGUCGUCGACCACGACAUCUUCUGGAGCUCCGACCACCCCGGCAUCGACCUCACGGUAACUUCACCAGGUGGUAACACUGUACAUUCAAUGAAGGGAAAGUCUGGUGACAAAUUUGAGUUUAAAGCUCCAAGGGGUGGAAUGUACAAGUUUUGCUUCCACAAUCCUUACGGGGCACCUGAAACGGUUUCUUUCUACAUUCAUGUUGGGCACAUACCCAAUGAGCACAAUCUGGCGAAAGAUGAGCACUUGGAUCCUAUCAAUGUGAAAAUUGCAGAGCUUAAGGAAGCAUUAGAAUCUGUCACUGCUGAGCAGAAGUACCUAAAAGCACGCGAGGCUCGUCACCGGCACACAAAUGAGAGCACCAGAAGACGUGUCAUGUUCUACACGAUCGCGGAGUACCUAGCUUUCAUGGCUGCUAGCGCGUUGCAAGUGGUCUACAUCCGGCGCCUGUUCAGUAAAAACGUGGGGUACAACAGGGUCUAGGACACCAGACUUCUUGAAGGCAGCAGCAGAUGUUCGCAACAGGGAAAUAUUUUCUGUCAUAUUGUAGCUUUUCACCCUCUUUUUUGGUGUUAGUCUAAAGAUGCUGUUUUAAUUUAUCACCAUGUACCUUACCUUUAGCAACUAUUGUGAAAUGUGAAGCGCAAUUGUUGUGUAAACAUAGAUACAUAAUUAAUCUUCAGAGUGUUGAUGUCAA